AUGUCAGCGAAGCAUACUGAAACCCCUGUGCGCAACACAGAGGUAGAAUCACACCUUAUUCGACUACCCGGCGAGCUUCGCAACAAGAUCUUCGAAUACGCACUCACCAUCGAUGAGGGAAUCUUCUAUCGCGAGGACAAACUGGGUGUGGGUUGGUUAUGUCUCCAUCCUCGAACAUUUGAAGAAGACGUAGAAAGAUUUAGCGAAACCCCCGCACCAGUAGGUCGUGUUCAAGAGUCGGAUGAUGACGCUCCCAUGAGGAAGCGACGAAAAAUCUCAGAGACGAAUCUGAGUACCAACAAGCCAGUGUCAGACACCAAGAAGACGAUACACCAAGGACCGGUCAGAGUGAAUGGACAUGUGGUCGCCAACCAGCUCCAGUUUGUCAACAAAAAGCUUCGAAACGAGACCAAAGCGUUGGUCAUUCGCCACAACGAUAUACACAUCCGGGGUCCGCCGAACAACCUCACCAGAUUCUACAACAGCGUCGUGGGAAAGAGAAGACUAUGGAUCCAAAAGAUCCACCAGCAAGUCACAGAUUACCGCUUUGAGGAUCUAUAUGGUCUCCAAAUCGACGCAGAAAUGCAUCCCCGCUUUCUGAUAGAGUGUCAUAGCAGGGGCACUGGAGGCUGGGCGGAAUUUUAUUCUCUCGCUACUCGUGCAGCAAGUGGGACGCCGAACAUUGUCUUCAGUUGGUAG